AUGGCAAUCAACAGUUGUUGUCUGCUUUUAGUAAUAGUAUCUGUCAUUUGGUCGACUAAUUCAUUGUGUGCAUCAUAUAAUAUUGACCCAAUCGAAUAUGAAGAGAGUCCAACGUCCCAUUGGACAAUGAACGGAAUUGCCUAUGUUGGAGGUAAGUUGUGCAACAAUAUCCCCCUCACUCAUAUGACUGCUCACAAUGCCAUCGAUACCAUUGUCUUUACUGGUGCCAACUGGAUCCAACUUGUUGUCACUCAAUACCAAAAAAAUAUAAAUUCAACAUUCAUUUACCCAACCAAUGAUACAGAUACUGAUGACGAGUUUAUAUCAGCUAUUUCAUAUGCUGGUAUGAGAGAUUUGGGUAUUAUGAUAUCACCACGACUCGAAUUGGAAGAUGACCCUGGAAGAACACCCGAAGAAAUCGGUACAUUUUUCAGAGAGGCUGAUUGGGUCGACUGGUUUGGUAACUAUAGUCAAAUGGUAUUUCACUAUGCUUCAAUGUUGGGUGAUGUACCAAUACUCGUAUCUCUUGGAAGUGGAUUAGAGGCAACAUCGUGGCGAGAUGCUGAAUGGAGGAAUUUGACAAAAAAGGCAAGGGAUAAAUACCCAAGAUGGUCAUUGACAUACUCUGCCAAUUCGUGUGGAGAAGAAUCUAAUAUUACAUGGUGGGAUGCAGUCGAUUUUAUUGGUGUCAAUGCACACUAUAAUAUACCGAGAUAUGGACAUGAUUCUUAUAGGGAUUAUAAAUUCGUAGACAACCAGAUAAAAUUUUGGAAUAAUAUAGUUUAUGUGGGACGAUCGUUUGAACCUGGAUGUUAUAUGACCAAAAGUCUAUUUGAUCUAAAAAAUAAAUACAAUAAACCUAUAUUGUUCACAGAGAUUGGAUUCUGUUCUGGUUUACAACAAGGUAGGAAAUGUCUAAAUCAAUCGAUCGAUCUUCAGUUCCAAGAUGCUUCAUUCAAAGCAUUUUUUAGAGUAUUCCUUCUACAAGAUUGGUUCUAUGGUGCAUUCAUUUGGCAUUGGGUACCAGAUCCAAAUAUUGGUGGACCAGAAGAUUGGAACUAUACACCUCGUAGAAAACCAGCAGAAAACGUUGUUAAAUAUCAUUAUGGUGGAUUUGGAUUUGCAACUGAAUUUACGCAUGGUCAUAUAUUACAUUGUAAUACAAGUUCUUUAAUUUAA